UUCCCAUAUCAAACGGAGCCGACCGAAUCCGACGGCUGCUAACCGAUCCAUCAUCGAGGCUUCACCGUCCUCUCUUUUUCCUCCGCCCCACUUCCUCCGCACCACCUCCGCCUCCCGUCCCUCUCUCCGAGGGCGAGUGGUCGACCGCCUCCUUUUGAACCCUAGAAACCAGAGAGAGAGAGAGAGAGAGAGAGAGAGAGAUCGGAUCCAACGUCUCGUCUCCUCCUCCAUGGAAUUCCACGACUGUUCCACCGACUUUCUCGUCGCCUCCGGCUUCGUUGCUGCGUUCCUCCUCGGCGGCCUCCUCUUUGCCGGGUCCCUUUCCCUCCUCUCGAUCCGCCUCCUUCCUCCGUUUUCCCUUUCUCGGAUGCGGCGGCGGAGGAAGAAGCCUGUCCGGGUUUACAUGGAUGGGUGCUUCGACAUGAUGCAUUACGGGCACUGCAACGCGCUUCGGCAAGCUCGGAUGCUUGGGGACCAACUCGUGGUUGGGGUCAUCAGCGACGAAGAGAUCAAGGUUAACAAGGGGCCUCCUGUCACUUCCCUCAGGGAUAGGAUGUUAAUGGUAGGUGCAGUGAAGUGGGUUGAUGAGGUCAUUCCAGAUGCUCCUUAUGCUAUCACUGAAGAAUUUAUGAACAAGCUAUUCACUAAAUAUGACAUAGAUUAUGUUAUCCAUGGGGAUGAUCCUUGUGUACUUCCAGAUGGCAGGGAUGCAUAUGCCCUGGCCAAAAAGGCUGGUCGCUAUAAGCAAAUCAAAAGAACUGAAGGAGUGUCAAGCACAGACAUUGUUGGCCGCAUGCUUCUUUGUGUGAGGGAGAGAUCACUUGGUGGCAGACAUAGUCCUUCUUCUUUGCAAAGGCAGUUCAGCCGUGGGCACAACCAGAAGCUUGAUGAUUUGGGUUUUAGGACUCCAACUCGGAUAUCACAUUUCUUGCCUACAUCUCGUCGAAUAGUACAAUUUUCAAAUGGCAAGGGUCCAGGUCCUGAUGCUCGCAUAGUUUACAUAGACGGCGCAUUUGAUUUGUUCCAUGCAGGACAUGUGGAGAUACUCCGACUUGCAAGAGAACUUGGAGAUUUUCUACUUGUAGGAAUUCAUACAGAUGAAACCAUCAGUGCUAUACAAGGUGCCCAUCGUCCAAUUAUGAAUCUUCAUGAGAGAAGCUUGAGUGUCUUGGCUUGUCGUUAUGUAGAUGAAGUGAUUAUUGGCGCUCCUUGGGAAGUUUCAAAAGAUAUGAUUACUACCUUCAACAUUUCUUUGGUCGUUCAUGGUACAAUUGCUGAAAAUAUGAAUUUCCGAAAGGAAGAGACGGAUCCAUAUGCCAUUCCAAUGGCUAUGGGAAUUUAUAAGCAGUUAACAAGUCCUUUAGAUAUCACAACAAGCACAAUUAUAAGGAGGAUUGUUUCAAAUCAUGAAGCUUAUCAGAAACGAAAUGAAAUGAAGGAAGCCAGUGAAAAGAGUUACUACGAUAACAAAACAUACAUUUCUGGAGACUGACUCCUUGGAUUUCAACUACUCACAUUUCUAACACCAACAAAGAUAUGUCGGUUGGUGCGAUAAGCCCAGGGUAAUUGAUCUGAGUUCUCAUUCUUUUGUUUUCUUCAUUAAUGUACAAUAUGGUUCGAUCAACAGGCUGGAAGCUUGAUGUUUCGCUCUAUAGCAUUGUUUUUUUUGUCCAUCUUGUUUCCUAUUCCAGCUCUAUUUGUUUUGUUAUUGUUAAACGUUCUCUGGGCCAUACAAAUUCUUCAAUGAUGGAUGCCCAUUUCCUACA